CCGCCAAUCAGCUUCUCAACAGCAGUGAGUGACUUUCUCAACAGUAAGAUUGUGCAGAACUGGGAGGGAGGUGACUACUGCUACUGGGAGCUACUGGGAGGAACGUUUCUUUGUCAAGUCCCAACACGACAGUUGAGCUGAUGAGGAACUAGAGGGACAGGAAGCAGCAGGUCUGAGCAGCAGAGGAGAGCUGAGUGUCCAACAUAAAGAAGACAGAGCGACACCGAGUUCAGACGACAAACAGACUGGAUAUGGAUCACAUGUUGAUGCUGCUGCUGCUGCUCUGCAGCUCAGGACUCCAGGCUGAAGGAAAACACAUUUCAGCAGAGCCUGAUGACGUCAGGUUGGUGGGAGGAGGCAGCCGCUGUGCUGGGAGACUGGUGAUGAAACAACAUGGUCUCUGGCUAUCAGCAUAUGGCACGGACUCUGACUGGAGCCUGAAGUCAGCAGCUGCAGUGUGCCGAGAGCUGGACUGUGGCUCUGUUCUUUCAACAGAACUGAAAGAGGAGUCCUCAUAUAAACCUGUGUGGAGGAUUGGGUCUUCUUGCCUUCAGUCUGGAUCUACAGUGAAGGAAUGUGUGAAGACAAGGUCUGAGUCUUCUCGUUUCAGCCUGGAGAUCACCUGCUCAGAGUCUGUGAGGCUGGUGAAUGGGAAUAGUCUGUGCUCAGGCAGAGUGGAGGUGAAGUCUGACCAGUCGUGGUCCUCAGUGUGUGAAGCUGACUUUGACCAGCAGGAUGCAGAGGUGGUCUGUAGGGAGCUUGGCUGCGGGGCUCCUUCAGUCCUCCAGGGGGCGCUCUAUGGAGAAGCGGAGGCUCCAAUGUGGACCAAAGAGUUCCAGUGUGAAGGCAAUGAGUCCUCUCUCCUGGACUGUGGAAGCUCAGGCUCAACUAGAAACACCUGCUCACCUGGCAAAGCUGUUGGACUCACCUGCUCAGAGCCCGUCAGGUUGGUGGGAGGAGCCAGCCGCUGUGCUGGUACACUGGAGAUGAAACACCUUGGAGAUUGGAGACCAGUGGCUCAUCGGACCUUUGGCUGGAACCUGAAGUCAGCAGCUGCAGUGUGCAGAGAGCUGGACUGUGGCUCUGCUGUUUCAACAGAAGUAAGAAAGCGUUCCUCAGAUAUACCUAUGUGGAAGAUCAAACCUUCCUGUCUUCAGUCUGGAUCCAAACCGAGGGAUUGUGUAGAGAUGGGGUCUGUGUCGUCUUCUCACAGCCUGGAGAUCGCCUGCUCAGAGUCUGUGAGGCUGGUGAAUGGGAAUAGUCUGUGCUCAGGCAGAGUGGAGGUGAAGUCUGACCAGUCGUGGUCCUCAGUGUGUGAAGCUGACUUUGAUCAGCAGGAUGCAGAGGUGCUCUGUAGGGAGCUUGGCUGUGGGGCUCCUUCAGUCCUCCAGGGGGCGCUCUAUGGAGAAGCGGAGGCUCCAAUGUGGACCAAAGAGUUCCAGUGUGAAGGCAAUGAGUCCUCUCUCCUGGACUGUGGAAGCUCAGGCUCAGCUAGAAACACCUGCUCACCUGGCAAAGCUGUUGGACUCACCUGCUCAGAGCCUGAUAUCAGGCUGGUGGGAGGAGUCAGCCGCUGUGCUGGUAGAGUGGAGCUGAAACACCUGCGAAAGUGGAAACCAGUGACUCACUUGGACUCUAACUGGAGCCUGAAGUCAGCAGCUGCAGCGUGCAGAGAGCUGGACUGUGGUGCCGCUGUUUCAGCAGACUUGAGAAAGGGUCCCUCAUAUAAAUCUGUGUGGAAGAUCAGGUCUUCGUGUCUUCAGUCUGGAUCUACACUGAGGGAGUGUGUAGAGAUGUGGUCCGAGUCUUCUCGUGACAGGAUGGAGAUCACCUGCACAGAGUCUGUGAGGCUGGUGAAUGGGAAUAGUCUGUGCUCAGGCAGAGUGGAGGUGAAGUCUGACCAGUCGUGGUCCUCAGUGUGUGAAGCUGACUUUGACCAGCAGGAUGCACAGGUGCUCUGUAGGGAGCUUGGCUGUGGGGCUCCUUCAGUCCUCCAGGGGGCGCUCUAUGGAGAAGCGGAGGCUCCAAUGUGGACCAAAGAGUUCCAGUGUAAAGGCAGUGAGUCUCUCCUGGACUGUGGAAGCUCAGGCUCAGCUAGAAACACCUGCUCACCUGGCAAAGCUGUUGGACUCACCUGCUCAGAGCCCGUCAGGUUGGUGGGAGGAGCCAGUCGCUGUGGUGGUAUACUGGAGGUGAAAAAACAUGGAGACUGGAAACCAGUGGCUCACACGGACUCUGACUGGAACCUGCGGGCAGCAGCUGCAGUGUGCAGAGAGCUGGACUGUGGCUCUGUUGUUUCAACAGAAAGGAGAAAGAGUCCCACAGAAAGAUUUAUGGGGAUGAUCAGAUCUUCCUGUCUCCUGUCAUCUGGAUCAACACUGAGGGAGUGUUUAAAGACGGAGUCUAAGUCCUCUGACAGCCUGGAGAUCACCUGCUCAGAGUCUGUGAGGCUGGUGAAUGGGAAUAGUCUGUGCUCAGGCAGAGUGGAGGUGAAGUCUGACCAGUCGUGGUCCUCAGUGUGUGAAGCUGACUUUGACCAGCAGGAUGCACAGGUGGUCUGUAGGGAGCUUGGCUGUGGGCCUCCUUCAGUCCUCCAGGGGGCGCUCUAUGGAGAAGUGGAGGCUCCAAUGUGGACCAAAGAGUUCCAGUGUGAAGGCAGUGAGUCCUCUCUCCUGGACUGUGGAAGCUCAGGCUCAGCUAGAAACACCUGCUCACCAGGCAAAGCUGUUGGACUCACCUGUUCAGAGCCCGUCAGGUUGGUGGGAGGAGCCAGCCGCUGUGCUGGUACACUGGAGCUGAAACAACAUGGAGAGUGGAGACCAGUGAAUGUCUGGGAGUGGAGCAUGGGGUCAGCGGCUGCCGUGUGCAGAGAGCUGGACUGUGGCUCUGCUCUCUCAACAGACAGACGGGAGGAGUCCUCAGGUCGACCUGUGUGGCCGAUCAGACCUUUUUGUCCUCAAUCUUCACUGAGGGAGUGUGUAGGCAUGUGGUCUCUAUCGUCUUCUCACAGCCUGGAGAUCACCUGCUCAGAGUCUGUGAGGCUGGUGAAUGGGAAUAGUCUGUGCUCAGGCAGAGUGGAGGUGAAGUCUGACCAGUUGUGGUCCUCAGUGUGUGAAGCUGACUUUGACCAGCAGGAUGCAGAGGUGCUCUGUAGGGAGCUUGGCUGUGGGGCUCCUUCAGUCCUCCAGGGGGCGCUCUAUGGAGAAGCGGAGGCUCCAAUGUGGACCAAAGAGUUCCAGUGUGAAGGCAGUGAGUCCUCUCUCCUGGACUGUGGAAGCUCAGGCUCAGCUAGAAACACCUCCUCACCUGGCAAAGCUGUUGGACUCACCUGCUCAGGGCCUGAUAUCAGACUGGUGGGAGGAGCCAGCCGCUGUGCUGGUAAACUGGAGGUGAAACAACAUGGAGCCUGGAGACCAGUGGCUCACAAGGACUCUGACUGGAACCUGAGGUCAGCGGCUGCAGUGUGCAGAGAGCUGGACUGUGGCUCUGUCCUCUCAGCAGAAAGCAGAAACGGUUCCUCUUCCAGUUCUGUGUGGUGGCUCUCACAUUUUUGUGAGACUGGAGCUUCAGUGACACAGUGUGUAGAGAUGUGGUCUGCAUCAUCUUCUUACAGCCUAGAGAUCACCUGCUCGGAGUCUGUGAGGCUGGUGAAUGGCAAUAGUCUGUGCUCAGGCAGAGUGGAGGUGAAGUCUGACCAGUCGUGGUCCUCAGUGUGUGAAGCUGACUUUGACCAGCAGGAUGCAGAGGUGGUCUGUAGGGAGCUUGGCUGUGGGGCUCCUUCAGUCCUCCAGGGGGCGCUCUAUGGAGAAGCGGAGGCUCCAAUGUGGACCAAAGAGUUCCAGUGUGAAGGCAGUGAGUCCUCUCUCCUGGACUGUGGAAGCUCAGGCUCAGCUAGAAACACCUGCUCACCUGGCAAAGCUGCUGAACUCACCUGCUCAGAGCCUGUCAGGUUAGCCGGAGGAGCUAGUCGCUGUUCUGGUAUACUAGAGAUGAAAUACCUGGGAGAGUGGAGACCAGUGAAUGACAUAGACUUUCGCUUGGAAAUAGAGGCAGCAGCUGCAGUGUGCAGAGAGCUGGACUGUGGCUCUGUUUUCUCAUCAGAAUUGAAAAAGGGUCCCUCAGAAAGAUCUGGGUGGUGGAUCAGAUCUUCUUGUCUUGAGUCUCGAUCUACAGUGAGGGAGUGUGUGCUGCCAUCGUCCAUGUCUUCCUCUUACAGCCUGGAGAUCACCUGCUCAAAUCACCAGGGGGCAGAAGCGAGCUAAAGAAGAGGGCACCAAGCUGGAUCUUAAACUUGGUGAGCUGGGUGAAGAGGUAGCAGAGCCUCCUAGGAGCUCCUCUCUCAUCCAGACGGACCGCUCAGCUUUCACACAACUGCCCAACACCUUUGGUCCAUUUUUUUGUCUUUAUUUGAAAGUUGACAACAGGGUCUCUUGUAAGAUUUGAAAAGAUCUGGGGCCAGGCCAAGAACAGCUGAGUCUCUGUCUCUGCCUUUAUUUUACAUUUCUUCUUAUACAAGCACCAUUUCAAACAAUUGGAGAUGAACACUGAGAAGCUAGAAUAACUAAGUCUUCUGCGUUAAUGAACAAAGUAUGACUUUUUACUUUUGCUUGGAUUAAAAGUAGAAGUUUGUAACUGACGAAAUAAAUUAGAUGAAUGUAGGGGCUUGGUUGAUGCAUUUCUCCAAAGCUGUAUUUGGUAUUUUCCCACUUGUUUGUUAGUAUCUUCAUCACUGGGUUGUUCCUUGAUAUGGGCAGAUGGUACAGUAUAUCUUUAUGUAAAUGAGUGGUGGUGGUUUACAAAGUGUGGUGUUUAUCAAGGCAGAUUACUUACAUGUGUUUUCUUGCCUUUGCUCAUGUUUUCAAGUUUAUUUGUAAAAGAAUUUAGCCUCAUCUUUACAUGGCACACAUCUUAGAGCAACGAGGAGACCUCAGUGCUGCUCCCAUUAAAGUCAGACUGAAAUCACAACAGAAACUAGAACUAAAAACAUUUUGCUGGAGUGGACGUUCCUAAAUCUCAGUGUCUUUUGUUUAAUCGUGUGUCUCAUUUAAAGAGCCACUUCUAACACUCUGUGUGAAAACCAAGUGCGCCCCCUGUCUGUCGUGGUGCUGCUGAUAUUUAAUGUCCAUCCACCCAAAUCACGCUGCAUUCGAUUUUGCAGAAGUUGGAAAACCCUGAGUUGUUAUUCCCGACUUCCAGUGUAAAUGUGAUCUGGUGCUUUUUAGCUGUCCGCUUCUCACCAAAACACAGCAGCUGUUGACUGAUGUUAUGAUAAUCGAGUAACAUUAUCUACAAAUAAAACCCACCACAACCUUCUUACAGCACAUUUUCAUAACACAUAAAUGACACUUCUGUUAAGAGUUCUCUAAUGUAAAGAUUAAUGUUAAUGCAUCAAUCAUCUGUCAGCAGUGAAUAUACACAGCAAAUCAAAUCACAGUUUUGACUCUCUAAAUAUUCAAGAAAAUACUCUCUGUCAAACUGAAGUCCUGUGUGGAAGAAAUACAGAAAUGAUCAGUGGCACCUAAUUUAUGACCUUAAUGUUGCUGCACAUAUUUGCAAUAACUGUGGUAAUAUUAUAAUUUCAGUCUGACUUUAACACUGGGCUCCUCAGUUUAUCAGCUUCACCAUCAGUAAUAUGUCUCAGUGCAGCAGCUGCGGAGGCGGCAGACCUACACAAAGAAUUAAAAAAAAAAACCUAACACUGAGAACUGCAUUAUUAUAUGUUGUAUCAGUUCCACAUUUUCAGUUUACACUCAUUUCUGCUUUUAUUGAUUUUGAACUUUUUUUGAACGUUUUCUCAUCGUU